GAAGAGCUUAUAACAACAUGUACGAAGCUUUUUGCAGAUGAAAGAACCCCUUGCUUUUCCUGUUAGAGACUUACUUGUAUUGAUAUGCUCAGAAACAAUGGGGAACACCGAUUUGGUGUUAUUUCUUGCCUUCUUAGCCGGACUAAGGAUUGCUGUCCUGUUUUCGAUGACACAAAGAACAACCUGCUCUCUGCUCUGUUGCAUGUUCUUGCUUUGAUUCUACAUGAAGAUGCAGGUUCACGUGAAGUUGCGCUGAAGGCUGGUAUAGUAAGACUUGUAUGCGAUGUACUUUCAAAGUGGGAUUCUGGUAAUAUUGAUAAGGAAAAAGUCAAAGUUCCAAAGUGGGUGACUACAGGAUUUCUUGCCAUUGAUAGGCUGCUACAACAAGCAGAGAAGCUGCAAUCUGUUUUUGGCUCCCCACAGCUUGUUGAUGUUAACGAUCAGAAGAAACUGAUUGAGAUUGCUUGUACCUGUAUCCGGAAUCAGCUUCCUUCUGAAACAAUGCAUGCUGUUCUACAGCUUUGUUCUACAUUGACGAGGAAACAUUCUGUUGCUGUCUGCUUUCUUGAUUUUGGAGGUGUGCAAGCACUACUUUCUCUACCGAGUAAUAGUCUCUUUCCAGGGUUUGACAGUGUUGCUGCUAGUAUUAUCCGCCACGUCCUUGAAGACCCCCAAACGCUUCAGCAAGCCAUGGAAUCUGAGAUAAAGCAUGCACUCGCAACACUUUCUAACAGGCACUCAAAUCCGAGAAUAUCUCCACGCAACUUUUUAUUGAAUGUGAAUUCAGUAAUUGCUCGGGAUCCAGUCACUUUUAUCCAGGCCGCUCGUUCAAUAUGCCAAGUAGAGAUGGUUGGUGAAAGACCUUACAUCGUAUUAGUGAAAGAAAAAGAGAAAUCAAAAGAGAAAGAGAAGGAUAAAGACAAAGCUGAGAAAGAAAAAUCGCAGACCUCUAAUGAUGAGAAAGUGGCAACUACCCCAGCCCCUGGGAGCACCAAGGCACCUAAAGUUCACCGAAAACCACCCCAGUCCUUCAUUUGUGUUGUUGAGCUGCUUCUGGAUUCUAUCUGUACUUUCAUUCCUCCUCCAAAAGAUGACAUGGUUGAAGGUGAUUCAACUUUAGCGGACAUGGAUAUUGAUCUUGCCUCUACAAAAGGGAAAGGCAAAGCUGUUGCUGCUACACCUGAAGAAAAGGAAGCCAAUUCACAGGAUAUGUCAGCUUCACUGGCUAAAAUGGUUUUCAUUCUGAAGCUUUUGAGCGAGAUGCUCUUAAUGUAUUCAUCGUCAAUCCAUAUAAUACUUCGAAGAGAUGCUGAAAUUAACAGUCUCAGAGUGGGUGCAUCUGUUCGAUCAUCUGAAGCUAGGAAGAGGAUAUUUUCAGACAUUGGCAGUAUCUUCAAUGACUUCAUAGAUACGUGCAAUGGGUUUAGACCUCCAGUUAAUGAAAUUCAAAUUUUAAUUGAUCUGUUGAGUGAUAUGCUCUCAGCUCGGUCACCUACUGGAUCACAUAUAUCUUCAGAAGCUUCUGCUACUUUUGUUGAUGUUGGAUUGGUCAGGUCUCUAACUCGUACUCUUGAAGUGUUGGACUUGGACAAUGUAGAAUCUCCCAAAGCUGUAACAGGAAUCAUAAAAGUCUUGGAGUUGGUGACAAAGGAGCAUGUCCAUUCUGCUGAUUCGAACUCGAAGGAUGAUAAUGCGAACAAGUCAUCUGAUCAAAUGCAAUCAGGAAGAGGAGAUACCAUUGUUGUUGCUUCUCAGGCAGUGGAAAGGAUGCUUGGGUCCAAUCUUGAUUCCAUGACAGCUGAUCAUGUGGAAAAUUUUGGUGGUUCCAACACCUAUGUUGGUUCGGAGGCUCUGACAGAUGACAUGGAACAUGAUCAAGACUUGGAUGAAGGUUUUGCCCCAGCGGAGGAUGAUUAUAUGCAAGAUGCAGCUGAGGAUGCCAGGGGGCUAGAAAAUGGGGUUGGGUCGUUGGGUAUAGAAUUUGAGAUGCACACCCACUCGCAGGAAAAUCUUGAUGAAGAGGAAGACGAGGAGAUGUCUGGCGAUGAGGGGGACGAAAUAGAUGAAGAUGAAAACGAUAAUGAAGAAGAAGAUGAGGAGGAUAAUGACUUGGAAGAAGAUGAUGUACAUCACCUACCUCAUCAUGACACUGACCAAGAUGACCAAGAUGACCAAGAUGAUCAUGAGCUUGAUGAUGAUGAAUUUGAAGAAGAAGUACUGGUUGAAGAAGAUGAAGAGGACGACGAUGAUGAAGAUCGGGUAAUUCUUAGGUUUGAAGAUGGAAUCAAUGGGCUAAACGUUCUUGAUCACUUAGAGGUUCUUAGAGAUCAUAGAUUUUCUGAUGAAACACUUCAUGUGAUGCCUGUUGAAGUCUUUGGCUCGAGACGCCAAGGACGAACAACUUCUAUUUACAGCCUUCUCGGCAGAACUAGUGAUGGUGCUACUCCUUCACAGCAUCCUCUUUUAUCGGGAUCUGCAUCACUUCCAGCUUCGCAAAGUCAGACAGAGAACAUGCGUGAUCUUGCUGAUGGAGGUAGGGAUUCCCACAGUAGUUCUUCAUCACGGCUAGAUGCUAUAUUCCGAUCCCUGAGGAAUGGGCGGCAGGGGCAUCGUUUGAAUUUGUGGGCUGAUGACAGUCAGCAAAUUGUUGGAUCUGGUGCGUCUACUGUACCGCAAGGUCUUGAAGAUUUGCUUGUAUCUCAGUUGAGACGACCCAGCUCUGAUAAGCCUUCUGAUCAGAAUUCUUCACUUUUGGAACACCAAUCUCAGGCUGAGAGUGGGCGGUCCGAGGAAGCAACAAUCGGACCUGAAAUUCCAGCUGAAAAUGCCAUCGGUAAUGGAGGUGCCAAUGUGUCUGCCCCGUCUGUCGUUUCACUAGAUGCAUCUACUCGGCCCGAUACACAAGCCACUGCUAAUGAAUCUGUCUCAAGCCCACAGUCUCAGUCAGUCGAAAUGCAAUAUGAUCAAAAUGAUUCAACUAUCCGGGAUGUUGAAGCUGUGAGCCAAGAAAGCGGCGGAAGUGGGGCAACCUUAGGGGAAAGCCUUAGGAGUUUGGAUGUUGAAAUCGGAAGUGCUGAUGGUCAUGAUGAUGGUGCCGAAAGGCAUGAGAUUCAGCCAGCUAUGCGCUCAAGAAGGGCAAAUUUGUCACUUGUGCCAUCUUCAGCUGGACGAGAAGCUUCUCUUUACAGUGUUACUGAGGUUUCUGAGAAUUCUGGCCACGAUGCUGAGCAGGAUAAUCCUCCAGCAGAGCAACCAGUAAACAGGGAUGUUAGUUCUGGUUCUAUUGAUCCUGCAUUUUUGGAUGCCCUUCCAGAGGAACUGCGAGCUGAAGUCCUUUCAGCUCAGCAAGGACAAGUGCCACAACCUUCUACCAAUGAACAGCAAAAUUCAGGAGAUAUUGAUCCUGAGUUUCUUGCUGCACUUCCUCCUGAUAUCCGAGCUGAAGUUCUGGCACAGCAACAAGCACAAAGGCUUCAUCAGUCUCAGGAGCUUGAAGGUCAACCUGUGGAGAUGGACACAGUUUCAAUAAUUGCGACAUUUCCUUCUGAGUUGCGAGAAGAGGUUUUGUUAACGUCAUCUGAUGCUAUUCUUGCAAAUCUUACACCUGCACUGGUCGCGGAAGCAAACAUGUUGCGUGAAAGGUUUGCUCAUCGAUACCACAACCGCACACUUUUUGGUAUGCAUCCAAGACUUCGUAGAGGGGAGCCAUCCAGGCGAGGUGAAGGUGUCUUGUCUGGAAAUGAGGGGGUUGCUUCUCGUAGGUCUGCUGGAAAGGUUAUUGAAACCGAUGGAGCUCCUCUAGUUAACACUGAGGCACUCCAAGCAAUGAUCCGCGUUCUUCGCAUAGUCCAGCCUCUAUACAAGGGUCCUCUGCAAAGGCUUUUGCUGAAUUUAUGUUCUCAUGGCGAAACAAGGUUUUCCUUAGUUAAUACAUUCAUGGAUAUGUUGAUGCUUGAUACAAGGAAGCCUGUUAACUACCCAAGUGUUUCCGAACCACCUUAUCGUCUUUAUGCAUGUCAAAGCAAUGUAACAUAUUCACGUCCUCAGCACUUUGAUGGGGUUCCUCCUCUAGUGUCUCGACGUGUUCUUGAGACGUUGACAUAUUUGGCUCGAAAUCAUAUGUACGUAGCCAAGAUUCUGCUUCAAUCCAGGCUUUCACUGCCUUCCUUGCGAGGUUCGGCACCCUCAGACAAGGCACAUGGAAAAGCUGUUGUAGUAAGUGAUGAUUACAUAGGCAGUAAGCAGCACGAACCCGAAUCUAUAGCCUUCGCGUUGCUUCUCAGUCUCCUGAACCAGCCCCUUUAUUUGAGAAGUGUGGCUCAUCUUGAACAGCUGUUGAACUUACUGGAGGUCAUCAUUGACAACGCUGAAAGAAAGUCUGAUUCAGCUGACAGAUCAGAUGGGUCUGCCAGUCAGCAACAAUCAACACCUCAAGGUUUAGAAGUUGAAAACAAUUCAGAAAAUCAUGAUAUUAUAUCUGGCUCUACUGGUACAAUAACCAAGCCAAUAGAUUCAUCUGCAAGUUCUUCCACCAAAGCAGAGAGUGAAUGUGAUGUUCAGAGUGUGUUACUGAAUCUUCCCCAGUCAGAGCUGUGUCUACUUUGUUCCUUACUUGCACGUGAAGGUUUGUCGGAUAACGCAUACACCCUUGUGGCGGAGGUGCUGAAAAAACUUGUGGCAAUUGCUCCAAGUCAUUGUCAUUUGUUUAUAACUGAGCUGGCAAAUGCAAUACAAAACUUGACAAGAACAGCGAUGAGUGAACUUCACAUGUUCGGUGAAGCAGUGAAAGCUCUGCUAAGUACCACUUCGUCCGAUGGAUCUGCAAUUUUGAGGGUUUUGCAAGCAUUAAGCUCCCUCAUGGGUUCGUUAAUCACGAAAGGGAAAAACCAGCCGCAGAAUUCAGAAGAGCAUGUUGCUGUGCUUUCUCAACUGUCGAACAUCAAUUCAGCUUUGGAACCUCUGUGGCUUGAGUUAAGCAAUUGCAUAUGCAAAAUUGAGGGGCAUUCUGAGUCAGCGACUAUUACUAUAUCUCCGUCUUUGAGCUCAACGACAAGGGUAGCUGGAGUAAACCAGUCACUGCCUGCUGGUGCCCAGAACAUCUUGCCUUAUAUAGAGUCAUUUUUUGUUACGUCUGAGAAGUUGCAUCCAUCACAGUCUGGUUCAGGACAUGAUUUUGGGGUUCCCAUGGCUUCUGAAGUUGAGGAACAGCCAAAGGGUCCAGGACCUAGCUCGAAGGUGGAUGAGAAGUAUGCUUCUUUUAUCCGGUUUUCUGAAAGGCACAGGAAACUUCUUAAUGCUUUUAUCCGACAAAAUCCUGCUCUGCUUGAGAAGUCCUUUUCACUCAUGCUGAAGGUUCCACGUUUUAUUGAAUUUGAUAAUAAACGUGCAUACUUCAGAUCAAAGAUAAAGCACCAGCAUGAUCAUCACCAUAGCCCUCUGCGAAUCUCUGUGAGAAGAGCAUACAUUCUUGAAGAUUCAUAUAACCAAUUGCGAAUGAGGUCAACUCAAGAACUGAAAGGUAGAUUGACUGUUCACUUCCAAGGAGAGGAAGGUAUUGAUGCGGGUGGGCUUACCAGGGAAUGGUAUCAGCUGCUGUCAAGGGUUAUUUUUGACAAAGGUGCUCUUCUGUUCACAACCGUUGGCAAUGACUCAACCUUCCAACCAAAUCCAAACUCUGUUUACCAGACAGAACACCUCUCCUACUUCAAAUUUGUUGGCCGUGUUGUUGGAAAAGCUCUGUUUGAUGGGCAACUCCUUGAUGUCCAUUUCACUCGUUCGUUUUACAAGCAUAUCUUGGGAGUUAAGGUUACAUACCAUGAUAUUGAAGCCAUAGAUCCCGAUUACUAUAAAAACCUGAAAUGGAUGUUGGAGCAUGAUAUCAGCGAUGUCCUAGAUCUCACUUUUAGCAUUGACGCUGAUGAGGAAAAACUGAUACUUUAUGAAAAAACGGAGGUAACUGACCAUGAACUAAUCCCUGGAGGUCGGAACAUUAAAGUUACUGAGGAGAAUAAGCAUCAAUAUGUUGACCUAGUUGCUGAGCAUCGAUUAACCACAGCCAUCCGCCCUCAGAUUAAUGCAUUCCUGGAAGGGUUUAGUGAACUUAUCCUUAGAGAUCUAAUAUCCAUUUUCAAUGACAAGGAAUUGGAGUUAUUAAUCAGUGGUCUUCCUGAUAUCGACUUGGAUGACCUGAGGGUGAAUACUGAAUAUUCUGGGUACAGUCCUGGAUCCCCCGUUAUCCAGUGGUUCUGGGAGGUUGUUCAGGGAUUGAGCAAAGAAGACAAAGCCCGUCUAUUGCAGUUUGUGACAGGAACCUCGAAGGUUCCUCUGGAAGGAUUUAGUGCCCUUCAAGGAAUUUCAGGCGCACAGAAGUUUCAAAUCCACAAGGCAUAUGGAAGCGUUAAUCACUUGCCGUCUGCUCAUACCUGUUUCAAUCAGUUAGAUCUACCGGAGUACCCGUCUAAGGAACAUCUGCAGGAGAGGCUACUCCUCGCGAUCCAUGAAGCCAGCGAAGGAUUCGGCUUUGCUUUCCUCGUCAUGUUUAUCUUCACGAUCGCUGUGAUCGUCGCACUCCUUUGGGUUUUCUUCAAGUCACUCCCUUGGAUUCUCCGGCAUUCUGCUGGAAUAACACUCAGUUUUCAGUUUGAUGGAUGGAACUGCUUGAAAGAUGUUACAUUGCAUUUCAAGAAGGGUUCUAUUGAAUCUAUAGUCGUUGGAGAGUUUAAAGCCAAUCUAAGUCAAUCCCUGGUUGAACUUUGUGCUACGGCUUUUAUCCAGGAUCCUAAAGUUAUAUUCUCUAUAUGUGACCUGAAAGUAAAAACUAGACCCUCCAACUCAAGUAAAAGUCCUCGCAAACCAAAAACUCGGAAACCGAGCUCUGGUGGCAAGGGAAAGUUGAUGCUAUUUGCUAAUAUUGGGAGAUUCUUUACACUUUCCAUGACGAAUAUGGUUGUGCAGACACCUAAAGCUACAGCAGAAAUCAAGGAGUUGGAGCUCGAUUUAUCUAAGGAUAGAGGGUCAGGGAAUUUUUUCAUCAAACUGUAUCUAUUGCCGAUAUUUGUACAGAUUGGCGAACCACAUGUUACUUCCAUUCAUUCACCUGAGAUGAACAGUGACAUUUGCCUCGCUAGACAGACAUCUUCCAAAACCUCAGAGGGCUCUUCUUUUCAUUGCGAAAAGCUCUCCUUCUCCUGCGAAUUUGGUCAUAAUAGAGAAUCAAGUCCAAGUAUAAAGAACGUCGAAGUAGACCUAGCUGAUGCUGUUCUUAACCUUAAUGAGAAGCUGCUGUUGAAAAAAAAAUCCUCGACAAGUGCUGCUUCCACAGGUGAAGUGAUUGAAUCAAGUUCUGGUAACACCACUUCAGAGAAGCCUCCAAAGCAACCAGUGAAUGUUUUGGUUGCAAAGCAUGCUCCAAAAUUCCCUGAGAAGGUUUUAUUUGAUUUGUCGAAGCUUGAAAUCAGAUUUGUGCAUCAAGAACAUGAUUUUUCUAUCGCGAACAGCAUAACAGGCUUUCAAUUGAGAAGUGCCAAAUCUCAAUCUGGUGGAGAUGGCAAGGAAGACACAUGUCUUGAUUUUGUUAUGGAACUCCAGGAGAUGCAUCUUUUUAGAGAAUCUGAAGUUUCUGUCUUGGAGAUGACAAAAUUUGCAGUUUUCUCCAAGGUGUAUUGUCCAAUACAGGAAUCCUUCCCUGUUAGGGCUGACGUUGAGAUUAAGCUGGGAGGUAUAAUGAGCAACAUUAUAAUGACGAGAUUUGAGCCGCUGUUGCGUUUGCACUUCUCUAGAAAGAAAAAGAUGGUUCUCAAAGAGGAAAGACCUAACAUUGCAAAAUCAGAAACCACUGGUUUUAAGGCUGUGGUAUGGAAAUGUGCCACCUCAGCCCCUGAUGUGACGGUUGUGAUAUACAGUCCGGGCGGUUCUCCUAUAUACCAAUGCGGCUUAGAUUCAUUUCAGGUCACUGCAAAUAAUAUGUCAAAUAGGGGAACAGUUGUACAGAUGGAGCUAAAUGAACUGAAUUUAUGCAUGGUAGAUGAACAUAAGGGAUGUUUGAAAGAAAGCCUCUUUGGUUUAGAGUCAGAUCCAGGCUCAUUAAUCAGUAUAAGAAAGGUCAAAUCGGAAUGGGGCAAGAAAGAAGGAGUGUUACCUGAGGGCGAUGGUUCUAAGGGUAAACAAACACUGGUGGUUGACGUAUCAGAAAUAGGUCUGUUAUUUUCUUUCAGGAAUGUUGAAGCGCUUACAGUAAAUGCAAUGUCAAUUCAGGCUUAUAUGAAAAGUUUAACUGGUGCUAGUAAUAAGAACAGACAGGAAAAAGGGGCACCUAGAUCGAAGCCAUCGGGCAGAGGGACUCAACUGUUGAAACUGAAUGUUGAACGUUGCUCUCUUAAUUUCGCUGGAGAUUCAAGCCUGGAAAAUACAGUCAUUGAUGAUCCUAAACGUGUCAAUUAUGGAUCACAGGGUGGAAGAAUUAUAAUUAGUGUCUCAGCUGACGGCUCACCUCGAACUGCCAGCGUUUUCUCUACUUUGUCCAAGGAACAUGAGAAGUUGAAGUACAUAAUUUCGUUUGAAAUACUCAAAUUCGGAUUUACCCUAAACAAGGAGAUUCAGUCUACACAGGUAGAACUUGAAACAGCAAAGGCGAUCUACCAGGAAUUUUUGGAGGAACCUCACCAAGUUUCCAGAGUGACACUUUGUGACAUCCAAAACGCUAAGUUUGUACGUCGUAUAGGCGGUGGUAAGGAAGUUUCAAUCUGUUCGCUCUUCAGUGCCUCUAAUAUUGCCGUCAGAUGGGAGCCUGAUGUGCACAUAUCAAUGGUCGAGCUUGGUCUGCGUUUGAAGUCCCUAGUCUUAACUCAGAAACUUAAGCAACAUGGUAACAAAAACCCAGAAGAGGCUUCCACUGUAACAGGUGAUAGACAGAAGGAAGAACCAACUACUACCCCGAAUUCUGUUGAUAAGAAGAAGAAGAAGGAAUCUAUAUUUGCUGUUGAUGUAGAGAUGUUAAGCAUAACUGCGGAGGCUGGGGAUGGGGUGGAGGCUGAGGUGCAGAUUCAGUCAAUUUUCUCAGAGAAUGUGGGUAUUGGAGUACUGUUGGAAGGAUUUAUGCUUGGUUUUUGUGGAUGUAGAAUAGUCAAAAGUAGUCGGGUGCAGAUAUCACGAAUACCCAGCAUGCCUUCCACUUCAUCCAGUGCGACACCAGCAACAGGGACUCCAUGGGAUUGGAUAGUUCAAGGAGUUGAUAUACAUAUAUGCAUGCCUUUCAGGCUACAGCUCCGUGCUAUUGAUGAUGCUGUGGAAGAAAUGCUGAGGGCUUUGAAGCUUGUAACCAAUGCCAAAACCAAACUCAUUUUCCCAAUAAAAAAGGAAAGUUCAACACCUAAAAAACCUGGGUCGAAAAAAGUUGGGCGUAUAAGAUUCGGCAUUCGCAAGUUAAUAUUUGAUAUUGAGGAAGAACCCCUCCAGGGUUGGCUUGAUGAGCAUUAUCAUCUUAUGAGGAAAGAAGCCUACGAGUUAGCCAUAAGGUCGAAAUUCCUUGAUGAAUUAAUUUCCAGCGGAAACCAGGUUCCUAAAACUGGGGGAGAUGAGUCAGACAGUGAGAAGAAACUUUCUUUCGAGGGAGAAGAAAUUGACCCACAAGAUCCUGCCAUUAUCCAGAUGAUGAAUGAAAAAUUAUAUAAACAAUCGUUCAGUUCAUAUUACAAGUCUUGUCAAAGUUUAAGACUUUCAGAUGGUUCAGGUGCCUGUAAAGACGGUUUUCAGGCUGGUUUUAAGAUGAGCACUUCUAGGACAUCUCUACUUUCUGUUUCUGUUACUGAUUUGGAUCUAAGUUUGACGGCUAUUGGUGGAGGUGAAGCUGGGAUGAUAGAAAUUGUUAAGAAGCUUGAUCCUCUAUCUGAAGAAAAAGACAUACCUUUUUCGCGGGUUUAUGGAAGCAAUCUUCGGUUAAACACUGGAACUCUUGCUGUUCAAAUAAGAGAUUACACAUUUCCUCUUCUCUCAACAGCUUUGGGUAAAUGCGAAGGCUGUCUUGUGUUGGCUCAGCAGGCAACAGCUUUUCAACCCCAAAUAAUCCAUGAUGUAUACAUAGGAAGAUGGAGAAAGGUGACGAUGCUCCGUUCAGCCAGUGGAACAACACCUGCAAUGAAAACAUACCUGGACUUGCCGAUACACUUUCAGAAAGGACAGAUCUCCUUCGGAAUUGGAUAUGAACCAGUACUUGCUGAUAUCAGCUAUGCCUUCACUGUGGCUCUUCGUAGAGCUAAUCUCAGCCUCAAGGGUCCUGGUCUUCUUCAGCCUCCCAAAAAGGAGAAAAGUUUACCAUGGUGGGAUGAAAUGAGAAAUUACAUCCAUGGAAAUGUAACCUUGUCCUUUUCUGAGACAAAGUGGAUUGUUCUUGCUACUCCAGACCCCUAUGAGAAGCUUGACAAGCUCCAGAUGACCUCUGCCUCCGUGGAAAUCCAGCAGUCAGAUGGUCGUGUGCACUUCUCUGCUGAGGACAUAAAAAUUUUCUUUAGCAGUUUUGAAGGUUUGGCUAGACAUUAUCCGAACUCUCCAAUAUGUCCAUCAAUCUACCCUUUCCUUGAGGUUCCACGUUUCAGUCUUGAAGUCCGGAUGGAUUGGGAGUGCGAGUCUGGAAGUCCAUUAAAUCAUUAUCUGUUUGCCUUACCUAAUGAAGGAAAGGCUCGUGAUAAAAUUUAUGAUCCAUUCAGGUCUACAUCUCUCUCACUACGCUGGGAUUUCACUUUAAGACCUGAGAACCCAUCAGUAUCUGCAGUUGAUCAAACAAAAAAAUUUGGAUCCGAGAGUAAGCCUGAGAAAUCUUCCUUUUCUCCACCCACAAUAAACAUUGGUGCUCAUGAUUUGGCAUGGUUGAUCAGAUUCUGGAACAUGAAUUACCUUCCUCCUUACAAACUACGCACUUUUUCCCGGUGGCCUCGCUUCGGAGUUCCAAGAAUCCCAAGAUCAGGGAAUUUGUCCCUAGACAGAGUGAUGACAGAAUAUAAUCUCCGUUUAGAUGUUACACCUAUUUGUAUCAAGCAUAUGACACUGGAUUCUAAUAAUCCUGCCAAAGGCUUGACAUUUGAUAUGACCAAGCUAAAGUAUGAAAUCUGCUUCAGCCGUGGAAACCAGGAUUUUACUUUUGAAUGCAAGCGUGAGACUCUUGAUCCAGUAUACCAGGGAAUAGACUUCCAUUUGCCUAAAGCGUUUUUAAGAAGGGAUCAGCAUUGCUCAAAGCCAGCUCAGAUGAGUCGAACUAGUUCACUAUCUGGAUCAACUGAUAGAGUUACUUCUGAUAAUGGGACUUCUACCAGUGAUGGCACGGAGAAGCAUCCUGACGAUGGGUUUUUGUUUUCAUCUGAUUAUUUCACAAUCAGGAGGCAGGCCCCUAAGGCUGACCCUGAAAGACUGAUGGUAUGGAAAGAAGAAGGAAAAAUAUAUCGAGAAAAAGUAGAUGCAAGAUCUACAAAGGAGAGACAGAGUGAACCUGAGGAGAAUUCACAUUCCGAUCCGAGCGAUGAUGAUGGAUACAAUGUUGUUAUAGCGGACAAUUGUCAGCGUAUUUUUGUUUACGGACUAAAACUAUUGUGGAACAUAGAGAACAGAGAUGCUGUUUUGUCUUUUGCUGGUGGGAUGUCCAAAGCAUUUCAACCUCCCAAGCCUUCUCCAUCACGUCAGUAUGCUCAGAGAAAGUUACUUGAGAGCAGCCAGAAGCAUUCUGAAUCAGAAGUUUCUCAAGAUGACCCAGUGAAACAGCCUUCCACAGGCAAUGGAAAUCUCGCUUCCCAAUCUAAAGAGCCUGCGGAAGUUCUUUCACCUUCAUCUGAACCAACUAAAACAGAGAACUUUGCAUCUUUCCCACUUGGAGCAACAAAGACUGGCGAUUCAAAUGGUUCAGAGGAAGAAGGAACUCGGCAUUUUAUGGUGAACGUUGUUGAGCCACAAUUCAAUCUCCAUUCAGAAGACAUAAAUGGUAGGUUUUUGCUCGCUGCUGCUAGUGGCCGUGUUUUAGCACGAUCAUUUCAUUCAGUUGUUCAUGUUGCGUAUGACAUGAUUGAGAAGGCAGCUCAAAAUGAAAAUGAUCUUAAUCCUGAAAAUGGCACUGACAUGACAUGGACACGCAUGGAAGUGUCCAUGAUGUUGGAGCACGUACAAGCUCAUGUGGCACCAACAGAUGUCGAUCCAGGAGCUGGGGUGCAAUGGCUCCCAAAGAUUAGAAGAAGCUCCCCGAAGGCAAAGCGUACUGGCGCACUGCUUGAAAGGGUUUUUAUGCCGUGUGACAUGUACUUUCAAUACACCAGGCACAAAGGUGUGACUCCCGACCUGAAGGUGAAGCCACUGAAAGAGCUUACUUUCAAUUCUCGGAAUAUUACAGCAUCGAUGACAUCACGUCAGUUUCAAGUUAUGACAGAUGUUUUGUCCAAUCUUUUGUUUGCAAGGUUACCAAAGGCUCAUAACGACAGUUUAAAAAUUUCUGGUGAAGAAGAUGAUGAAGUUGAAGAGGAAAUUGAUGAGGUAGUUCCUGAUGGCAUUGAGGAAGUGGAACUUGCGAAAAUUGAACUUGAAGAGAAAGAGAGGGAUAGAAUGAUGCUUCUUGAUGACAUCAGAAAAUUGACGCAGAGCGAAAGUAACUCAGGAAACAUAAAUCUCGAAAAGGAAAGCGAUUUCUGGAUGAUCACUGGUGGGAGGCCAGUAUUGGUGGAGCGACUGAGGAAAGUGUAUCUCAGUGUGCAACAAUCUAGGAAGACAGCAUAUACAGCACUGCGGACUUCUGUGAAGAAUGCUGCGGAGCUAAGGCUGUUGGAAAAGGAUAAGAACAAAAGACCAUCCUCUGCCAUGCGCAUAUCCUUACAAAUCAACAAAGUCAUCUGGUCUAUGGUUUUAGAUGGAAAGACAUUCGCUGAGGUUGAAAUAGACAAUAUGAUUUAUGAUUUUAACCGGGACUACAGAGAUAUUGGGAUUGCCCAAUUCACAACGAGAUAUGUUGUCCUGCGGAACUGUCUGCCUAAUGCCAAGUGUGAUACUGUUCUAUCAGCUUGGAAUCCUCCUCCGGAAUGGGGCAAGAAAGUUAUGUUACAGGUAGAUGCAAGACAAGGAGCCCCAAAAGAUGGACAGGCUCCGUAUGAACUUUUCCAGGUUGAAAUAUAUCCUCUAAAAAUCCAUUUGACAGAAACAAUGUAUACAAUGAUGUGGGAGUAUAUCUUUCCAGGAGAGGAGCAACAUUCACAGAGAAGGGAGGAAGUUUGGAAAGUGUCAACAACCUCAGGAUCAAGGCGCAGGAAAGGUUCAUUUGCUCAAGAAGCGGCAGCGUUGCUCUCUCAGUCUGAUCUAGGCCAGGGGUCAAAGAAUCAAAACCUGAAGUCAAGCACGAUCCGUGGAUCAGGGCGAGAACUGAGAAGAACAUCCUCUUUUGACAGAUCAUGGGAGGAGACUGUGGCAGAAUCUGUAGCUACUGAGCUUGUUCUAUCUUCUAUGGAGCAUCAAAGUGAAUCCUCAAAAGGCAAGCUAAAGGAUUCAAAAACUACCAAGGCUGGCCGUUCAGUUCAUGAAGAAAAGAAGGGGGAAAAGUCAUUAGAAGACAAGAAAUCUAGGCCCCAAAAGAUAAUGCAAUUCCAAACCAUCAAGAUUAGUCAGGUGGAACUGUUGAUCACUUACGAGGGCUCAAGAUUUGUUGUGAACGAUAUGAAGCUGUGUAUGGACACAUUUCAUCGUGUUGAAUUCAGCGGAACAUGGAGGAGACUCUUCUCUCGAGUAAAGAAGCACAUAAUAUGGGGAGUCCUCAAGUCGGUAACCGGAAUGCAAAUGAAGAAAUUCAAAGACAAAGCCCAUGUUCCAAAAGAUGAGAUUGGUUUGAGAGACAAAGACGAGUCAGGGAGAUCAGAUCAGGAUUCAGGGGCAUGGGUGAAACGUCCUGGUGACAAUGCAGGUGAUGGAUUUGUCACAUCGAUUAGAGGUAUUUUCAAUACCCAAAGGAGAAAGGCAAAGAAAUUCGUGCUUCGGACAAUGAGAGGGGAAACAGAAGACAGCUUCCCUGGGGAGUGGAGUGACAAUGAAUCAGAUUUCUCUCCCUUUGCAAGACAAUUGACUAUUACUAAAGCUAAGAAACUCAUCAGGCGUCACUCUAAGAAGUUCCAAAAUCAAAACACCACAAAAGGUUCUAAGAAGCCCCAACUCUCGCCUACUCUGUCUCCUCCUAAGGAAGAAGACCAAUACGAAUCCGACUCUUCCAGUGGAUCGUCUGCUUACGAGGAGUUUCUUGACCAGAAUCAGAUUUAAGAUAGAAAUUCCAAAUUUUGUUUCUUAUAAAUUUUGUAAAGAGUUGCAGAUUAUUACACUCUUUUGAAGAUAGAAUGCACCAACAGUACUAGCGUAGUGUUGAUAAGACUGGUUUAUUACAUAUGACUGGACAUAGAAGAAGAAGGUUUUGUUUGGGAAUCAUACAUAUUGGUCAUAACUCAUACGUUAGAGUGUCAUGUAUGUACUACUGAAUCUAUUUAAGUGUUAGCAACAAAUUGAUACACAGUCA